AGCCCUUGCGAGUGAAGAGUCAGCUGGAGGGCUUGAGACUCGAGUGGGUUAGGGACAUUUUUGUUGCUGCCGGUGGAGGCGGAGGGUGUAAAACCAGUCUGAAGCAAAAAAGCGAGGUAUUCCGGGAGGACAGCAGCGCGAGGAGCAGGCUGGGUUGGCUGCCGGGCAGGCGGCUGUGUCCGGUACAGGCCGGAGCGAAGCACCGACCCCGUGGACACAGAAGGCUGGGGGCGGGGGGAAGCUGCGUCUAGGUCAGCGAAGGGCAAAGAAGCCGGACAUUGACGCAGGUCGCUUCCCGAUCCCGGCUCCAGGGCCUCUAGCGGGAAACCGAGUCCCGACCUACGGCCGAUCUUCAGGCUUCCCCAUCACCCUAGCACCUCCGUAGGCAUUUCCGGCACACAAGAAUUAAAUUCUGAAUAAUUCUACAGGUAGGAUGGACAGUUACUUUAAAGCAGCAGUCAGUGACUUGGACAAACUCCUUGAUGAUUUUGAACAGAAUCCAGAUGAACAAGAUUAUCUCCAGGAUGCACAAAAUGCGUAUGAUUCUAACCACUAUUCAGUUUCUUCAGAGUUGGCUUCCUCACAACUAACUUCAGUGCUACCAAAGGAUCAACAGUGCAUUAAUUGUUGUGCCUCAUCAGAAACAGGCUGUGAAACAAAUGAGAUUUCCCUGAAUGAAAAAACACUUGAGGGACUGACAUCUAUACAAAAUGAAAAAAAUGUAACAGGACUUGAUCUCCUUUCUUCUGUGGAUAGUGGCACUUCAGAUGAAAUCCAGCCUCUGUACAAGGGACGAUGUAGUAAACCUGUCUGUGAUCUGAUAAGUGACAUGGGUAACUUAGUUCAUGUAACUAACAGUGAAGAAGAUAUUAAAAAAUUAUUGCCAGAUGAUUUUAAGUCUAGUGCAGAUUCAUUGAUUGGACUGGAUUUAUCUUCAAUGUCAGAAACUUUCUGUGUUUCUUCAAUAGACCAUGGUAAUGUCAUAGAGGAACAAAAUGAUGACUCUGAAUUACAAAACAGAGAAAUCAGUGGAACUAAAGAAUUUGGUAUAAAAGUAGAUACAUCACUUUUAGAUUCAUGUAAUUAUGAUGGAAAAGAAAAUUUAAAGGAUAAAAAGAUCUCUAAUCAGUUAGAAUCAGUUGUUGAUUUUAACAUGCUAUCUACUUUGACUGAACAAAGUUCCAAAAUGUUUGAUGCCAAAGACAACCUACAACACAAGAACCAGCCAUGUGAAUUAGUAAAAGCUGAUGGCUGUUUGGUAAAAGAGGAGGUAGAUGUGGCAGUUGGAGUUGCCACAGAAUGUUUAAAAGGAGACAGCACGAGUUCUUUGCCUUGCAGUCUUCCAAAAAAUGGAGGUUUAUGCUUAAAUGAUUCAAAUUUAAGUGAUGAAAAUUUCAAAUUACCUGACUUAUCCUUUCAGGAAGAUAGGACUGCUGCAUUUAUAAAACAAUCUGCAAAAGAAGACUCAAGAAAUUUAGAUCUUAAAGAUAAUAAAGAUGUAAUCCAGGAUCCCUCUUCAACUUCACAUGUCUCAAGUGAAUAUAUGUACUCCUCAUUGUCCUGUCUUCCAGUACCUGGGUCUUUGUGUGGAUCAUUAAUCGAAAGUAAAGUGCAUGGUGAUUGUCUACCUCAGAAUGACUCUAAAGAUAAUAUACAAGAUGCAAUGACUAUGCAUGAAGAAAUACAGAAGAAUGUCAUUUUAAGUGGGGAAACUUUGAAGGAGAGUGAUCUCUUGAAACAGGAAAAAUGUAAAAACAUACUUCACCAGCCACUAAUUGAAAAGAUGGGAGACAGAAAGUUAGAUUCUGACCAGAUGGUAAUUAGAGUUGAAUCUUUGGAUUACUCUGAUAACACCAGUUCUUCUGCAGCUGCAGAAUCUCAAAUAGAGCUUUCUGAUGCCCCAGAGUCUCCAGAUCAUUGUGAAGAUCUUACUUUUUCAAGCAAUGAUAUUGAUGGGCAAGACUUGGAUUACUUUAAUAUUGAUGAAGGCAUGAAAAGUGGUGCACCAAUUAGUGAUGCUGAACUUGAUGCUUUUCUGAAUGAACAGUAUCUUCAGACCAAUUCCGUAAAAUCAUUUGAAGAAAAUGUAAAUGACUCAAAAUCUCAAAUGAAUCAGAUAGAUAUGAAAGGCCUAGAUGAUGGAAAUGCCAGUAAUAUAUAUUUCAAUGCUGAAGCAGGAGCUACUGGGGAAAGCCCUGGUAUUAAUAUAAUUUGUGAAACAGUUGAUAAACAAAAUAUAACAGAAAAUGGUAGCCUUUCUUUAGGGGAAAAAAGUACAUUUCCCAUUGAACAAGGGUUAUCUAGCAGUAAGUCUGAGAUUACAAAUGAAGUAUCAGUCUCUAAUAUUAACAGUCAGUCUGUUCAUGUUGGAGGGGCCAGACCUAAGCAAUUGUUUAGUGCUCCAUCAAGAACAAGGAGUUCAAAGGAACCAGAUAAGCCAGAUGUUCCAAAUAUGCCUGAAAGUGAACCCAGCAUAGGAAAUACCAUUGUUCCAACAACUUGUACUACAGAUUCUACUACUGAUCCUCAGGUUAGCUUCAACUCUAAUUACAUUGAUAUAGAAAGUAAUUUUGAAGGUGGAUCUAGUUUUGUAACUGCAAAUGAAGACUCUCUUCCUGCAAACACCUGCAAAGAAGGCCUGGUUUUGGGCCAGAAACAACCUACUUGGGUUCCUGAUUCAGAAGCUCCAAAUUGUAUGAACUGCCAAGUUAAAUUUACUUUUACCAAACGGCGACAUCACUGCCGAGCAUGUGGUAAAGUAUUUUGUGGUGUCUGUUGUAAUAGGAAGUGUAAACUGCAGUAUCUAGAAAAGGAAGCAAGAGUAUGUGUAGUCUGCUAUGAGACUAUUAGUAAAGCUCAGGCAUUUGAAAGGAUGAUGAGUCCAACUGGUUCUACUAUUAAAUCUAAUCAUUCUGAUGAAUGUGCCACCAUCCAGCCUCUUCAGGAGACUCAAACACCCAGUAUACCCUCACCUACAACUUUACCAAUCUCAGCACUUAAACAACCAAGUGUUGAAGGAUUAUGCUCCAAAGAACAGAAAAGAGUAUGGUUUGCAGAUGGUAUACUGCCCAAUGGCGAAGUUGCAGAUACAACAAAAUUAUCAUCUGGAAGUAAAAGAUGUUGUGAAGAUUUUAGUCCUCUCUUACCUGAUAUGCCCUUGAUGGUAAACACAGAGGAUCAUGCCUAUUCUACUACAAUGGAAAAAACAAACAGUGAGAUAGGGGAUACUAUAAGAAAUGAGAUGAUUCAAAGUCCUAUUUCUCAGGUUCCAUCUGUGGAAAAACUGCCCACAAACACAGGAACUGAGGAGUUACCUACUUCUGGUUCUUUUGUACUAGAUGAUGAUGUUUUUGCAGAAACUGAGGAAGCAUCGGGUCCUACUGGUGUCUUGGUUAACAGCAAUUUACCAGUUGUUAGUACUUCAGAUUAUAGGUUAUUGUGUGGCAUUGAGAAGAAUGUUUGCAAUAAGAUUAGUCUUCUACCUGAUGAUGAGGACAGCUUACCCCCUCUUCUGGCUGUAUCUGGAGAAAAGGGAUCAGUGCCUGUAGUAGAAGAACACCCAUCUCAUGAACAGAUCAUUUUGCUUCUUGAAGGCGAAGGCCCUGUUACAUUUGUCCUAAAUGCUAAUCUACUUGUGAAUGUCAAAUUAGUAUUUUAUUCCUCAGAUAAAUAUUGGUACUUCUCAACCAAUGGACUACAUGGCUUGGGACAGGCAGAAAUUAUUAUUCUACUGUUAUGUUUGCCAAAUGAAGAUACUAUUCCAAAGGACAUCUUCAGACUAUUUAUCACCAUUUAUAAGGAUGCUCUAAAAGGAAAAUACAUAGAAAACUUGGACAAUAUUACCUUUUCUGAGAGUUUUCUCAGUAGCAAGGAUCACGGAGGAUUUCUAUUUAUUACCCCUACUUUUCAGAAACUUGAUGAUCUCCUGUUACCAUGUAAUCCUUUUCUUUGUGGAAUUCUUAUCCAGAAGCUAGAGAUACCCUGGGCAAAGGUUUUUCCUAUGCGUUUAAUGUUGAGACUGGGUGCAGAAUAUAAAGCAUAUCCUGCUCCUUUAACAAGUAUCAGAGGCCGAAAACCUCUUUUUGGAGAAAUAGGACACACUAUUAUGAACUUACUUGUUGACCUUCGAAAUUACCAGUAUACUUUGCAUAAUAUAGAUCAGCUAUUGAUUCAUAUGGAAAUGGGGAAAAGCUGCAUAAAAAUACCUCGGAAAAAAUACAAUGAUGUAAUGAAAGUAAUAAAUUCUUCUAAUGAACAUGUCAUUAGCAUUGGAGCUAGUUUUAGUACAGAAGCAGAUUCUCAUCUGGUCUGUAUACAGAAUGAUGGAGUUUAUCAAACACAGGCCAACAGUGCAACUGGCCAUCAUAGAAAAGUGACAGGUGCAAGUUUUGUGGUAUUCAAUGGAGCCUUAAAAGCAUCUUCAGGAUUUCUUGCUAAGUCCAGCAUAGUUGAAGAUGGCUUAAUGGUACAAAUAACUCCGGAGACCAUGGAUGGCUUGCGGCUAGCUCUACGAGAACAAAAGGACUUUAAAAUUACAUGUGGGAAAGUUGAUGCUGUAGACAUGAGAGAGUAUGUGGAUAUCUGCUGGGUAGAUUCUGAAGAAAAAGGAAACAAAGGCGUUAUUAGUUCAGUGGAUGGAAUAUCAUUACAAGGAUUUCCAAGUGAAAAAAUAAAACUGGAAGCAGAUUUUGAAACUGAUGAGAAGAUUGUAAAGUGUACUGAGGUGUUCUACUUUCUAAAGGACCAGGAUUUCUCUAUUUCAGCAACACGUUACCAGUUUGCAAAAGAAAUAGCCAUGGCUUGUAGUGCUGCACUGUGCUCUCACCUAAAAACUCUCAAGAGUAAUGGGAUGAAUAAAAUUGGCCUCAGAGUUUCCAUUGACACUGAUAUGGUUGAAUUUCAGGCAGGAUCCGAAGGCCAACUUCUUCCUCAGCAUUAUCUCAAUGAUCUUGAUAGUGCUCUAAUCCCUGUGAUCCAUGGGGGGACCUCCAACUCUACUAGUUUACCAUUAGAAAUAGAAUUAGUAUUUUUUAUUAUAGAAAAUCUAUUUUAGUGAAAGGUUGUGAGUUGUAUUAUAUAUUGCAAACUGAUUUGUUAAACUAACUCCAGCACUAAAGCUAAAAUGCCACAAACACUAAAAGUAAAUAUGUUUGAUGUUUGAAAGAUGCAAGCUUUGCUUUUCAGGCAGGAAUGAUCUCUUUAAAUCAUUAGCACAAUAUUUAAAUCUCCAAAAAUUUAAGAGAUCCAGUUUUUGAAGCUUUACACAAGUAGUAAGAAAGACAAGUAUUUCUUCUGUCUUUAAGAAAUCUGUAGCAUUUAUUGCGUUAUUUAAAUACUAAGCCAAAGUAUCUGCACUUAGGUAUACCUCUUUAUGCCAAGAAUGAUUUUAGAUUUUAAUGAAGGAUCUUUUCAGAUGUAAUCUGAUGAGAGAAAUACUUGUUUUGUUUAUAUGCCAGUUAGAUUACUGGUUUCUAAAGUAUGUUAAAAAUGUUUCCAUGGCACAGACCAGUUUCCAGAUCUUAGACUUAUAUGAUAAUUCUUUGAAUAAAGCAGAUAACUUAUUUGUAUAAUUGGAGUGGAGACCUACCUCCAAUGAUUAGAUAAACUGAUUGUUUGCAUUAAAAUCAGAAUUAUGCCUUUUUUCUUUUCAAAUUAUAUAUAUAUAUAUAUAGUUUACUCUUGAUUAAAUGGGUAUUCUUAAAAUAAUUGUGGGUGCUUCAGGAUUUUGUGCUUCUAUAUUUAAGUAUAUUGUUUUUAUAGCGAGACCAUGUGAUUUGGUAUGUGUUUUAUAAAGCUUUAAUAAUUUAUAAAUAGGUAAUAUUUUUGUAUUGCAGUGCAUUAUUUUUCCUCCUUUCCUUCCAAAGUAUACCACUAUAUAUACCACUUCUAAGAGUGAUUGACGACAGGCCAGAUGACCCUUGAAGUAGUCAUUAUGUAGCAAUAAAUGAAGCCUGCAACAGGUUUUUUUGUUUUUACUUCUCCUUUAAACCUUAGAAGUUGCUUGUCGACAUAUUUUCAUUGACAUCAAUGUAUUAAAUAUAAAUUUUAAUGAACUACUUACUUUUGCAUAUUUAAAUUCUUUAUAUGGUAGUUAUUUUUUAUAACAGGAUAUUAACAUGAGUUAAAUUCUGUGUACUUGAAACUUACAGAGUUUUCUUUACUUCAGAUAGCAAAAUUUUUACAAGUACGUUGUGUUUGAAAAAAAAGUAAAGGUCAUAUUUUAGUUAAUCCUGUCAUCUAAGUUAUAUAAAAUUUAAUCAUUAUUUUAAUGCUUUUUUUGUUCUUAUGUGGAAUAUAUGUUUUUGUAUCAGAAACAUUCCUGUAUCUCAAGAAGAAGAAACUACACUAAACAGCCCUGUUUUAAGAAAAGUAUUUAUGAAGCAUCUCAACUUGAAGACCAAGUCAGAGUUGUAACUCAGGACCUUAGGUCUCAGGCUAGGAAAGACUGAGAAUUUGAAUCAGUUUGGUCAUAUGGUUCUUACUGAAUCACAUCUGUAGUAACAGCCAAAGACACAGAUGGGGGAAACGAAUAUUUUGGAAGUAACUACUUCAUAAACAAUAUAAAAUGUUGCAGAUACUAAAUAAAAUGGCAACAUGUAAUAACUUGUGAAAUUUUGUUGACAUCCUAUAAGAUAAAAACUGCAUCUCAAACUCGAUGUAUGUUUCUUUAUAUAGUGUGUUUACUUUGCAGUGUAAGUAAUCACACAAUCUAUGAAUACUGAAUUUACCUUAAAAUAACCAGUGGAAAGUUCUUCCCAUGAUGGGGGCAUAGGUUUAGGUUUCCAUAAAGUCUCUACAUUUAAUAAAAAUUGGAACUACGCGCCUUUGGAGGCACAUUUUAAAGUAUUCUUUGUAGAUGUAUCAUAUGUUUCUGACUGUAUUUUGUCAUGUUCUUCACAUUGAUACUUAAUUUUAAUUUUUUUAAAAGUGAAGAAAUAGAAUGGUUCUUUGUACUCAGUCCACAAUGAUCUAUUUUGGUCUGUGCCUUUUAAGAGUACUGUCUUUCUCUGAAUUUGAGAUGUGAAGUAAAAUUUAGGCUAUUUGUUUCUUGCAGCAAUCCAGUGGAGUUUCUGUGUCUAUCUGUUUGCUAUGUGCAGAGAACUUUAUUAGGCUUCAUUGAUUGAAAGAUGAAUAAAAUAGUUAUUUCCCUCUUGGAGCUGAAUGUGUGAAGCAGAUAAUUAACAAAGUAAAAGUAACUGCUAUAAUAGAGAGAUGAAUUUUCGAGUAACUCGAUGGAAAACAAUCCAGAAGGAUAGCCAUACCAAUAAUGAGAAGGUAACCUGAGGACCUAGUAGAUAAUGGGCAUUAAACUUAUCUAGGCAAGAGCUGAAAAUCUGAAGAGUAUAGAUAGGUAGUAUGUCGGAACAUUGAACUUUCCCUUUUAAGGCAAUUUACUUUAAAGAGUCUUCUGUGUUGUGUGAAUAUCUUACUUCAUAAUUUAAUCAUAAAAGUAGUAGCCUGGCUAGGGUGUAUUAACUGCUUAAGUUUAUAACAGCCUGGAUUCAAAUAUUGUUUUAUAAGUAAAGAAUACAACUUAUUUUAAAAUAGCAAGCAUAACUUUGAUAACUUGACUCAAUUUUUAAAAGAAAAUACCUUGACAUAAACCAGAAAUCUCUAAACCUCUAAUUUUUUUCUUUGUGAUUAAAAAAAAAAGUUUCAUUUAUGUAAUACAUAAACAUUCAAAAAUCAGAAAAAAUGUUAAAAAUUUAUCAGUGUAAGUUUUACCACCCACUUUGUAUGUAUCCACCUCGUUCUUGUCUCCAAUCUCAACAAGUAGUCAUUUGUAUUAGCUUCUUGUAUAUCUUUCCAAGGUUUAGGUGCAGUAGUAGCAGCAAAUACAAAUAAUCUAUUUUUAUUUUCUCCCUUCAUUUUAAUACAACAUAUAGCAUGCUGUUUACAUGUCAUCUCCUCAAUUACCUUGAGUUAGGUGGUUUAUAUUUAGAAUAUUGAACGUUUCAUUGCUUCUAAAAUCACUAUGAUUGAUAAAAAGCAAUCUUAAUUGCAGAAAGGCAUGAAGAAAAUGCAUUAUUGGAAUUAUGAUCACAUAUUUCAGUAAGGAGAGUAUUUUUCUCAAAGCAAAUUUUUAUUACUAAAAUAUUUGCAAGGGUUUUUUUAUUUGAGCUAUAUUCAAAACCUUUAUUUUUUUUUUCCUACUUAACACUAAGCCUCACCAUCUAAAUUCUAACCUUUUACCACUUAAUUGACACUUUUUUUUCACAUCAGAUUUUCAGUAGUUUUCUAUCUUCUCUUUAUAUGCUGUUUUGAAUUCAGCUUGGAAUGAUACACAAUUUAAUAUUUAACACCUUUUGGGAAACAUUUUCUGCAUUUACACUGAUAAAAUUACAACCAUAUUUUCAUGCUUUUUGCAAAUGAAAAAAUAGGUCUAAUUCAAUUGCUUCAUUAUGAACCUCUAAAUAUAAUAAAGGUUUUUUUCUUCUUUUUUUUUUUUUCUUUUGGUAAAAUAAGGUGCUAGCCAGCCUCCACGAUAGGCCACAACAAUCUCCACCCCUUGGUGUUCACACCUUGUAUAGUCCCCUCCCACACUACCACAAUUGGUCUUCGUGACUAGUAGGAUACAGAAGAAGGGAUGGGAUGUCAUUUCCAAGAUUAUGUUGUAAAAGAUUCUAUGGCUUCCAUCUUUGGUGCAUUUCUCCCCACUCAUUCUCUUCCUUUCAUCCCUCUCUCCCCACCUCUCCUUCCCUGUCUGUCUCUUUCUCUUUCUCCCUCUCUUUCAGUUGAAUCACUCAUUCUUUGGGAAGCCAGCUGCCAUUUGGCAAGCAAAUGAAGUCUCCUGACAACAGCCACAUGAGUGGAAGGGGAUCCUCCAACCCCAGUCAAGCCUUCAAAUUGCAGCCCCAGCCAACAGUUGGACUGGAACAUCAUGAAAACCACCCAACUAAGCCACUCUCAGAUUUCUGAAUCUCAGAAAACAUGUAAGAUAAUAAAUUGUCUGUUGUUUUAAACUGCUAA